CUGCAAGGCAUUUGCUGGACUCCUUAUUUUGAAUAACAUGGCAGAGAAGGAUUUCAUCAAUUGGCAUCUACUGGCUUUAUUUUUUCUUCCAUUUUGCCUGUGUCAAGAAGAAUACAUGGAGGUGAGCAGAAGAUCUUAUAAACCAGUGGCCAAAGUCUUGCAAAGUCACCACCAGACUGGCCAUAAAAGUUCCAGAAGCAGGGAAAUAUUGAAUCAGCGGAGUCAACUUGUAGAGUGGACUGUUGAUAAUAACACUUCUACAGACCAAAAAGUCCUGAGAUCAGAGGUAGAUGAUGUAGAACUGACUACCUCAGAUAGAGUCCAGCCCCCACAAACUGGACCACAGAAUCCAGACUGUAGUUCCUGCUGCCGUGGUGACUUUGGAGUUCGUCUCUAUCAAGGGCCUCCAGGACCACCUGGGCCCCCUGGGAUGCCAGGAAAUCAUGGAAACAAUGGCAAUAAUGGAGCAACUGGCCAGGAAGGAGCCAAAGGUGAGAAAGGAGACAAAGGAGAUAUGGGACCGAGGGGAGAGCGUGGCCAUCAUGGACCCAAAGGCGAGAAGGGCUACCCUGGGAUUCCCCCAGAGCUACAGGUCGCAUUCAUGGCUUCCAUGGCUACUCACUUCAGCAACCAGAACAGUGGGAUCAUCUUCAGCAGUGUUGAAACCAAUGUUGGAAAUUUUUUUGAUGUCAUGACUGGAAGAUUUGGUGCUCCAGUGAAUGGGGUGUAUUUCUUCACCUUCAACAUGAUGAAACACGAAGAUGUGGAGGAAGUGUAUGUGUACCUGAUGCAUAAUGGUAAUACAGUUUUCAGCUUAUACAGCUAUGAAUCAAAAGGGAAAGCAGACACCUCAGGAAACAGUGCAAUCCUAAAACUUGCGAAGGGAGAUGAGGUUUGGCUGCGAAUGGGAAAUGGAGCCCUCCAUGGAGACCAUCAACGCUUCUCCACCUUUGCUGGGUUUCUUCUUUUUGAAACCAAGUAA